AUGUGCAGUAGUUAUAGCGGCUCUUUUUACGGGUCAAAACAUCAGGGACAUCCAGAGUAAACCUGUGGAAAAUCGCGGUUUAAGUUUGAAAUAUGGCGUUUAAAGGACAGCGUUGUCGCCAUGAGUUGUCUUGCAUCAUCAUCUUUGACCUCCUGUUGAUCUCUGUGACUGGAUUUGUCUUGGACGGUACGAGAGCGGAAGACCUGACUUCAAAACAAACUUGCGAAGAUGUUGCCAUCAUUGGCGCUGGAAUCAGUGGGUCUUAUGCUGCCUGGCGGCUUCGGGACCACAAUCUCAGCAUCUCCGUGUACGAAUAUUCAAACAGGGUCGGAGGUCGGUUCCGGACCAUUCGGUUUCCGAAUUCACCCGAUAUCAACGUGGAACUAGGUGCCAUGAGGUUUUUACCAGCAGCCCAUCAACUUCUUGUAUCUACGAUACAAGACCUUGGUCUAGCGGCGGUUGAAUUCAAGCCGGGAUUUGGCGUCGAAGGAAAAGAUAUUAUGUACAUGCGGGGUCAACAUUUUCAUUCUGGUGACAUCAAAAAGGGUCAUAUACCUUACAAUUUGCAUGAAAACGAGAGAAACCUGGACCUGCAACAUUUCCGGUGGGAAGCACUUUUGAACGGGACAGACUUCCCGGCCAACGGAACCUUCAACGAUUACGCUUUCCUUCACACCCGCACUAAGGAUGGACUGGAACUGUAUAAGCAAAGUGCAAGGGCGGCGUAUUUCACGAUGGGAAUCAGCAAGGAGAUGUCCGACCUCAUUCGCGAUGUGGUAGGUUUUCGCUUCAUGUUUGGUGACGUCUCCUCCUCAAAUGCCGUACCUCUUUCUAACCCUAAUCGCAUCCCAACAGGACCGCGGGUUGUGCAGACCGUCAAAGAGGGUAUGGAGGCAGUCCCGCACACUCUUAUUGACCGAUUUCUCCAAACGAGCCAUAGCCACAAACUUCAUAUAAAUCGUGAAUUAACGGAGGUUAUACGAACAGGAGCGACAUACACGCUCCGGUUCAAAGAAACAGUGACUACCAACGGUAUAACUACAUAUGCAAAAAAUUUUAGAAUGCUGGAAGUUUGCGCGAAAAAAGUAGUAUUAACAGUGCCUCGAUUAGCAUUGUCAAAGGUCACAUUUUCUGGACUAUCAAUAUCUCAUGACUUAAGCGACAGCAUAGAAAACGCUGUGAAAGACGUGCCUGCCUUCAAGAUAUUCCUAGCGUACGACACGCCAUGGUGGAGAACGACCAACGUCACACACGCGGAAACAGAUCUCCCCAACAGACAGGUGUACGACUUCGGAACUUCGGCUCGAUCGAGUACGUCUGUAUUGGCCGCGGCUUACGGAGAUAUGGACAUUGUGAAAUUUUGGCGGGAAGUGCAGUCACGUGGGCCGUUUAUGAACUGUUUGAACGGAAAUGACACAUGCCCUUCGGAAGCAGCGGUAAAGCACGUUACCAACUUCCUGGCAGAAAUAUUUCAAAUUCCAUUGGAAAGUAUUCCCACACCGGUAGAUGGGGCCAUAUCUAUUUGGGAUCAGUUUCCAUUCGGUGGUGGUUGGCACGUUUGGAUGCCAGGAUAUAACUGGGAUGAUGUACGGAGAGAUGUUCUUCAACCAUCACCAACCGACCACGUCUACUUCGCCACCGGAUCGUACGCUCCUGGCGAGACGGAUAGCUGGUCAAACAACGCCCUGGAAACUGUCGAACGGGUUCUCAAGUUGCUAAGUAUUUAAGUGUCAAGGUAUAAACAAAGGAAAUACGACGUCGUCUUCGGUGGACCUGCAUAUAUUGUUCAAAUGAGAUACUUAUACAAUACACACUUUUGUAACCAUUAAAUGAACUUGCUCUUU